CUAGUACCGGCUGGUUUGACCACGUACGAAUGACGGCUGAGCUGAGCGGCAGCUGCGCGACCUCGGGGAGAUAUUUUCCGUUCAACCCCCGGAGGACGAGGGCGCGGCCAGCCCGCCAGCAUGGGGAACCUGCGGCUCUCCACCGGUCUCAAGACUGACGCAGCCACGUCCGAGCAAGUCGGCAAACUCAUAUCCAGAAGGAUCUGCAGUGGCAUGACAUAUUAUUACGCCCCGGUCACAGAGGCUGAACACCAGACAGUGAGCCCCGUCUCGACCGAUCCGGCCGCCCGAGACGAUUCUCCGUCCGAAUCACGCGUUGCUGGUUCCGCCCCGAAGCAGCCCCGCCCUCGACCGCUCCUCCUCUUCUUCUCCUGGCUCGGCGCUCAUCCAGCCGGCGUGGCCAAGUACAUGGACCUGUACGCGGGCCAGGGCCUGGACAUCCUCCUGGUCCAGAGCCGGGUGAUGCACUUCCUGUGGCCCCGCUGGGGCCUGGACUACGGCCUGGAGAUCCUGAAGGUCCUGGAGGAGCCGCCCUUCUCUGGACGGGAGGUUCUGGUCCACGCCGCCUCCAUCGGCGGCUACACCUUCACCCAGAUGCUCGUCCACAUCUCCCAGGAGCCCAAGAAACACGCCGGCCUCACGCGACGGGUGGUAGGGCAGGUCUACGACAGCCUGGUGGUCGGCUCGUUGGAACACAUGGCCACAGGCCUCGGCCAGACGCUGGCGCCGCGCUUUGAAAGCCUCGUCAGAAACUCGGCGCUGCUCUACUUCUGGCUCUUCAGGUCCUACACGGCCGACCUGUACGAGUCCAGCGUGCAGGUGUUCCACCAGAGCCCCGUCACGGCCCCGGCCCUCUUCUUCUUCAGCCAGAACGACGCCAUGUGCGACGCCGCCUCCCUGGAGAGGCUGAUGGCCCUGUGGAGGGGGAGGGGCGUGGCCGUGGCCGACAGGAAGUGGGCGGAGUCCACGCACGCCGCCCACCUGCGGCGCCACCCGGAGGACUACGUGUCCACGCUGCGGCGCUUCCUCGGAUCCAUACCCGCCGGCGUGUGACACGUCCCAGCAUGCUCCACAGUGGCAGACUGAAUGCACUUUUUUAUUAUUUUAGCUUUCAAUUUUAGUUUAAAUAAUGUGACAAAUGUAUGUCGUCCUCAACUUUUUAAAAGUUUUAAUUGAUUUAGUUGCUUUGAAGUUUUAAAUUAUUUAAUAAAUAUGCUAAACUUGA